GGAGGGAGAAGGAAGAGGAGGGGAAGAAGGAGGAGGAGGAGGAGGGGCAGAGUCCGUCGCCGCAGCCCGCCCCCAGCCCGCCCGCCGCCUGCUUUUUACCCACAACAUGUAAACAGUCCCCGCUAAGAGUUCUCCAGGGAGUCGGAGCGCGAGAGCUGGGCAUUAAAGCAGGUCCGCGAGGAGCCCCCUGGCCCCGUGGAUUCCCCGGGCGGCAUCGCCGACGUAUUGGGAGGCAGGAGACCGGAGGGAGCAGGGGCUGAGCCGAGCCGAGCCGAGCUGAGUUGAGCGCAGCGCAGCGCAGCGCUCGUGGAGGGGAGAGGCCGAGAGCUGCGCCCAGAGGGCCGGCCAGCUAGAGCGAGGGAGCCACAGACAGAGGAGCGAGCGAGGAGGGCAGUGGAGAGGGGAGCGAGGCGGCGGCGACCGACGGUAUGGAUUUCCAGCAGCUGGCUGACGUUGCGGACAAAUGGUGUUCCAACACCCCCUUCGACCUCAUCGCCACGGAGGAGACGGAGAGGAGGAUGGAUUUCUACGCCGACCCGGGGGUCUCCUUUUAUGUGCUGUGUCCGGACAACGGCUGCGGGGACAAUUUUCACGUCUGGAGCGAGAGUGAAGACUGUUUGCCUUUCCUGCAGCUGGCACAGGAUUACAUCUCCUCUUGUGGCAAGAAGACCCUCCAUGAAGUGUUGGAAAAAGUCUUCAAGUCUUUCAGACCUUUGCUGGGGCUCCCAGAUGUAGAUGAUGACGCAUUCGAGGAAUACAGCGCCGACGUGGAAGAGGAGGAGCCGGAAGCCGACCACCAACAGAUGGGCAUCAGUCAGCAGUAAACUUUGGAGGGUUGUGAGCAGGACAGAUGUUAACUUCUUGGUGCCAGGUGGGGUCAUGGGCUCCUGUGUUUGCAUUUUGCAUUCACUCAUCACCACAGGAGGUCUGACUCCCAGCAUCCGAAUUAAAAUGAAAUAGAAUUCUAACCACCAUGAAA